UGUCGGCUCCCUCGAAGGCUUCAGGAGCGGAAGACCGUCUCCUCAGCGCGAAAUUCAAACCGUCGCCAUUUUGAGGGGGAGAUUCAGCCUCCUGCGGACGGCGAGACGGGAUGGCCCCCGGCAUGAAAGGUGAUUCACGCGAUUCAGCGUUAUCUUCUUCUAGCACUGAAGGUGAUACUAUCAAAGUUUACUUGAGGGUGCGUCCUCCAGACGGAACUGUGCCAGCUGAUGGGAAUCAUGGCUUGUGCUUAUCUGUUCUUUCAUCGAACACUAUCCAUCUGCAUUCAAAGCCUGAACCUAAGAUCUUCACCUUUGAUCAUGUGGCAGAUAUGGACACAACUCAGGAAUCGGUUUUCUCAAGUGUGGCCAGAAAUAUAGUUGAAUCGUGCAUGAACGGCUAUAAUGGAACCAUUUUUGCAUAUGGCCAGACCGGUUCAGGAAAAACAUUUACUAUGAUGGGACCACCUGACUCAGAUAACUUCACUCAUAACCUGCGAGGAGUAAUUCCCCGGAGUUUUGAAUAUCUGUUUUUUCUCAUUGACAGAGAGAAAGAAAAGGCUGGUACUGGAAAGAAUUUUCUCUGCAAAUGUUCAUUUAUUGAAAUCUACAAUGAGCAGAUAUAUGACUUACUAGACUCUGCUUCAGCUGGACUAUUACUCAGAGAACACAUCACGAAAGGAGUAUUUGUUGACGGUGCAGUGGAACAAGUGUUGUCUUCGGCCACUGAAGCAUAUCAAAUGUUAACAGUGGGCUGGCGAAAUCGUCGUGUAGCAGCUACCUCAAUGAACAGGGAGUCGUCAAGAUCACAUGCUGUUUUUACUAUAACCGUAGAAUCAGUGGAGAAGAGCAACGAAGUUGUGAACAUUCGAUCCUCUCAGCUCAAUUUGGUAGAUCUGGCUGGGUCUGAGAGACAAAAAGAUACCCACACUGAAGGAGUUCGGUUGAAGGAGGCAGGUAACAUAAACCGAUCAUUAAGCUGCUUGGGCAAGGUCAUCACUGCCCUUGUCGAUGUAAGCAAUGGGAAACAGAGACACGUAUGCUACAGGGAGUCGAAGCUCACUUUUUUACUGCGGGAUUCCCUUGGAGGUAAUGCAAAAACUUGCAUCAUAGCAAAUAUUCAUCCAGGAUCCAGAUAUUUUGGUGAAACCUUGUCCACUCUUAAUUUUGCUCAGAGAGCAAAACUAAUUAAAAACAAGGCUGUGGUAAAUGAAGACACCCAAGGGAACGUAAAGCAGCUCCAGACUGAACUGAAGAAACUGAAAGAGCAGCUUGCUCUGCUAACUUCAGGGAGAUCUUUGCACGAUGUUUCCCUUCCCAUAGGUACCCUCACACAUGAGGUGGGGAAAAUGGAUUAUAUGAACAGUUUCCUUGAAGCUAUGCUGUUCUUGGAAAAAUCUGAAAGUGAAAGAAAGGUACUGCUAGAUAAAGUUGCCCAGCUAGAAGAUCUGUGUGUCAAAAAGGAAAAGUUCAUUCAGUCCAAUAAAAUGAUAAUUAAAUUUAGAGAAGAUUACAUAACUCGCCUGGAAAAGCUACACAAAGAAGCUUAUGGUAACUUUCUGCCCAAGGAGCAAGAAGAGAUCUUCAGGGAGCUGAAGGAGGAACUGAAGACUCUCAGAGAACAGGUGGAGCAUCAUCCCCGAGUCGUGAAAUAUGCCAUGGAGAAUCACAGCCUCCGAGAAGAGAACAAACGACUUCGUUCCUUACAGUCCGUAAAAAGAGUCCAAGAGAUGGAUGCUCAGGCCAUGGUAGAAUUGGAGAAAGCUUUCUUAGAAGCUUCAAGAAAAGAGUGUCAAAAUGGAGGUCAGCAGUUGUGUCCUACCGUCAUGUCAACAGACAAUUGUGCAGCAUCUGUUGAAAAGCUAAAAGAGCGUCUGCUGCACAUGCAGAGAGAAUUGGCAAAUUCUCAACAAGAAUAUGAAGAAUUUAAGGCUCUGACAAAGAAAAAAAGUAGGGAACUGGAGUUGGAAGUUCAGUCUCUUCAGACAGCAAACCAGCAUCUUGAGAGAAUUUUGGAAGCAACCAAGGCUUGCAAACGCCAGGAGGUUUCUCAUCUUAACAAAAUACACAUGGAAACUAUAAAGAACAUCACAACUCCAACUAAAGCUAUUCAGCUAAGAUCUCGCUUGGUGGCAAGGCUAAGCCCUGAAACGUUGAGUCAGAAUUCUAUUGAUACUCAGAGCUCAGGAGAGAUGGAUGGUAUUUUAAAUGAACCUGUACCUGCUGAGAUGAACGAACAGGCGUAUGAGGCUAUUGCAGAGGAGCUGAGAUUGGUGCAGGAACAGUUAAGCACUUGUCAGGUCAAGUUAGAUGAGGAAGAAAGUAAAAAUGUAAAACUUCAGCAGCAUGUGUACAAGUUGGAGAGCCACUGUACACAGAUACAAGAGCUUUUCUCAUCUGGAAGAAAUGAAUGGCAAACGGAAAAGCAAAAUCUUCUGGAACAAAUAAACGCCCUUGAAAAGCAACACCAGGACACCCAGUGCAAGGCUGACAUACUGAAGAGUGAAGUCCAUGACUUGCGGAUUGUUCUGCAGUCUGCAGAUAAGGAGCUGUCUUCCAUUAAAACAGAGUAUGAUGCUUUCAGAGAGAAGCAAGAGAAAGAACUUAGUGAACUUUCUUUGCGCCACAUGAAUGUACAACUUCAGCUUGAUAGUGUGAGGCUAGAAUAUGAAAAAGUACUUGAAGGAAAGACAAGCCUACAAGAUGACUAUGACAAUCUCCAGGAAAUACUGAAAUUUGAGACUGACCAGUUGACCCAACAGCUCGUUGAAAGCAAGCAGGAAAGUGAAGUGCAGAAAAGUGCAUUUCAGAAUCUCUUACUCCUGUUGGAAAGUGAAAAGGAACAUAAUCAGAAACUGACAAUGCAGUUACAGGAAGAUAAAGAACACAGUUCUCAGGAGUUGCUGAAAGCUUCCAAAACUAUAGAUCCGGAGAAACCACCAUGUGAAAUGAUGCCAAGAUAUGAGCAACAGGAAAUAAAGCUGCAGAAAUUACAGCAAGACUUGACUGCUGCUGAAGAGCUUACUGCUUCUCUACGUAUAACAAAUGCUGCUGAUAAGGAAGUUGUCACAGACCUGAUGAGCCAGAUCCAAAAGAUGAGGAUGUCUAUCAAUCAGAAAACAGAAUACAUAGAAGGGCUGACAAGAGAACUGGAGGAUUUAAAUUAUAAGUACAACUCUGCUUUAGCUAUGAAAGAAGAAAACAAAGCGAUUAUAGAGACACAGGAAAGGCAGAUUGAAGAGUUGAGAGAGGCCAUAGAGAGAGUGCAGAUUGCUGACAAAAUUGAGAAAGAGCUUCUUUGCGAAGAUUUGAACCACACUUCUGAGCAGCUGAGCAAAUUAACGGAAGCUUCCGAAAAGUACGCAGCACUUCUUCAGUGUGCACAAGAAGAUAUGAUUAAAAAAGAAGCAAUAAUCCAAGAACUUAAGGCACAGCUAUUAAAAAAGUCAGAAGAGCUAGCAAGCUGCAAGAGUGAAUGUGAAUUUAAAAUACAACAAGCAGAAUGUUUCAGAGAUUCCGCUGUAGCAGUGUCACAGAGCCCCAAAACUCCACCAAACCUUGAUGCAUACCUGGCAAAACACUUGGAGACCCAAGAGCAGGAGAUAUUAGACCGAAGAGCCUCUGCGGUUACUCUGGAAUGCCUGGUAGCUGAGUUAAACGAAGAAAGAGAUGCUAAGAACUGUGAAAUCCUUAGGCUGAAGACUCAGUUGUGUGAAUUGGAAAACACCCGUCUGGAAAUGCAGACAUUAAUGGAAAAUAACAGAAACCUACAGAGUCAACUUGAAGAAUCAAGAAGAGGAAAGAGGAUUGGUAGUCCCAGGCAUCAAGAUGUUCAAAACCCAGAGGAGAAAGAGAAGGAAAUGAACAGAGAAAGAAUAGCAAAGACUAAAGCCAUGGAAGAAAUGCUGGCAGUCAGAUCAGAGUUAGAAAAAAACAGGCGUGAACUUAAAAGCAAGAACACUGCCUUUCAGGAAAUUACUUUGGAGGUGGAACGGACAAGAGCAUUGGAGCUGAAAGCUUUCCAGGAGAAAGAAGAAAUGAGAUCAAAACUGGAAGAAAUGUAUGAAGAGAGAGUAAAAAUGGAAAAGGAGAUGUCCCUGCUAAGGAAACAAGUUGAGUCUCUUGCUGAAGAGAACGGGAAACUGGUGGGUCACCAAAACUUAAAUCAGAAGAUACAAUAUCUCGUCAAGCUAAAGAAGGAACAUGCUAGACUGAUAGAGGAAGCUGAUGCACUUCGUGCUGAAAAUGCUUUUUUGAAAGAAAAAGGUGAAUGUGGCAAGACUCAUCCAGACUAACUGUGUCAGGAAAUGAAAGCACUUACAAUUGAUAAUAAGAAAAGCAAGUCACUUGGCGCGGCCUUCACACUAGCCAAAAGGCGCCUUUGCUCAGGAUGGAAUUGUUGCAAACAGUAUAACAUAUCAGCAGGUAGUUCUGAGUUAAAGCAUUCUUGCUUCAGAGGAUCUUGUCAUUUUUCCGCAGAAUUGCCAUUCUUACUGAGCCAUUUUAAACAAUUCUUGGAGAAGCUGGGAAAUGUUACCUUUAGUUGUUAGUAAACUUUUAGGCUUCCUAAAACACUUACGUUGAAUUUGUUGUGUACCUGAAAAGAUAACUGUAAUACUUAUAUCAAAAUGUUGUAUAUUAAUUAUUAUCAUGGAGAUACUAGGGGCAAAUAUAAACUUGGUGUCAUAUGUACUUCCUUUCUCUUAACCUGUCCUUUUCACCAGAAUUCUCUUUUCCAACCGCACACUGCCUCCCUGUAAAUGUAAAAUACUAUAAGUCCAUCAUCGAGCACAAAUGUCAACAUUGUCUUCCAACCAGGAAAUAUAUAUCUCAGCUGUUAAAUUAAGGUCCUAUUCAUUUUAAAAAACUACAUUAAGGGUUCCUUAGUUUUAGCAGAGGUUCAUUACAAAUGGCAGACAUCUUUAGAGUCUGUAAUUAAGACACAGGCAGUAGAGGGAAUAAAACUGAUGAACUGCUAGUCUUGUGAAAUAAAAUUGAAUUAGCUCUCUAGUAUUGACCUAAUUUGGUCAUGCAGUUUUACUUUUAGAAACACAUGUUUAAAUAUGGAUUAUGGGGUAUCAAUAGUAGGGAAUUUCCUGUUGUUAUGGAUGAUACAUUGCUGAAAAAUAAUGGACUUGUGGCUCAGUUCAGAUGAUCUUCCAAAUGAUAUUUUUGAUAGCAGGGAUGUGCCAUAGGCUUGCUCAUUCCCACCUUUCCCUUGCACCCAGAUUUCCUCUAACCACCUUCCCACAACAGAGUGCCCCUCCCCACAAUAAACAUAAUUCACCAACCUGGGGUGCCUGACAGGAGACACAAGUAGGAGGGUAGACGCCACAAACAGGUUGAGGUUCGAGACAACCUAACUUCCCCCUUUGAUGUCUUGGGAAUGUUUCUGGCAAAAGGCCAUUUAGCCAUUGAUUUAUUUAACUGUAAGUGCAUUGGUCCAAAGGUGGUGCCUCGCCACUUCAAGAACCCAGUGUAGCUUCCCCCUUUGGUGUAUUGGGAAUGUGAUGGGCAAAGGGUUUCCUUAGUGUUUCCUUGGGCCAUUUGCCAGGCAGAAUUUCUGCCCAUGCAAGUACAGGACGUGAAUUUGUAAUUCUAGCCUGAUACGUUUGUAGCGGUGUAUUCAUGUAAUUUUUAAGCUGUUUGUUUGUUAUAUUUAUAUGUCCCCCCUUCUUCUUCCAGUCUCACGGCAGCUUAUAUCAUGUAAAAACAUAAAUGGGUCGUUGCUGUUUUAGCUGUUUAGCCCGUUUUUGUGGUUUUAUAUACUGUUGUUGCCGCCCUGAGCCCCUUGGGACGGCGGAGUAUAAAUACAUAAAUAAACAAAUAAAACUGCCCCAAAUACUA